CAGCUGUUCAGCAACAUGAAAAUGUUAGAAACUGACAUCAAGAUGGAUCUAACCCAAUUGCUAAGUAGCGUUACAGGAUUAACUGAGAAGACAAACAGAUCACUUGAUGAACUUUGGAAUGAUAUUUCACAGCUGAAGAAGAAACUAUCGAGGGAGUGUCCUGAAGACUGGAGGCGAUUUCAACGAAACUGUUAUUACUUUUCAUCAGAAAGCAAGAAUUGGACAGAGGCCCAGAGAUCCUGUGCAUCACUGGAUGCCAAUCUUGUUGUCAUUAAUAGGCGUUGGAAACAGGCGUUUGUAAAAAAGUGGCUCCAAAACAAAGAUCACUGGAUUGGACUCACUGAUUCUGACUCUGAAGGUGAUUGGCGCUGGGUGGAUGGAACAAACUACACUUCCUCUGUAAUGUUUUGGUCUGAGGGUGAACCAAAUAAUGCUUCUGAUGAAGACUGUGCAGAAAUAUACAGUAAUGGAGAAUGGAAUGAUCUAUCAUGUAAUGUCUCUCAACAUUGGAUCUGUGAAAAGCCAGCACAGUUUAAUUCUCCUUAAUGUUCCACCAGUGGAAAGGGAGGGAAGUAAAUCACUUUGAAGUGCUCAGUCUGUUGUACCUUGGGUAAACAACUCUAAGCUGGGAUUGGCAGGAGAAGGGAGUAGCAAGUGAUCUCCCUCACUCUCCUGACCGUAACGUUCCAAAAUCCCACUGAAAGCAAUCAGGCUAUUCCCCUUUAUCUCAAUUCAGCGAUGUGAAGAUUCAUAUGUUGCACGGUCCCUAUAUUCCUGUACUAUGUUGAUUCAGAUCAAUAAUUACGGUAUACUGUGGAUGCUGGGAGAUAUGUAAUAAGAACCAUAGAAACUCAGGUGGUCUGGCAGUGUGUGUGGUAAGUGAAAGAGUUAAUAUUUUAGUUCUGAAGAAGUUAUACUGGACUCAAAACAUUAAAUCUUUAUGGCUCGCCAUAGAUUCUUCCAGACCUGUUGAUUUUCUCCAGCACUUUCUAUUUUUAUUCCAUAUUUCUGCAAUGUUUAAGGGAUAGUGUAAGUGUUCUGUCCCUUUCACCCACCAGCCCAAUCCCAUUGAAGCAAAGGAACUAAAGGGAUCUUAAACAUGUUGGCUGUUUAGAAUUCAUGACAUCUCACCUCCUCCUUCAAGGGAUGUAAUGGAUUAUGAGCCAUUCUUGCUCCUUUAGCUCUCAGUGUGUGGACAGAAAAGCCCACCGCCAUGGUUUUGCUUCAGCCUAACCUCAGAGAGAUGAGCUGCAGCAUGGUAUCAUUCUCCUCCCCCUCUUCCCUCCAUCUCUGCCUCUCAUUUCUUCCUCCCCACCCCAACGCCUGUCAGCCCUCCCAUUCCCAUACUCGGUGCCCCUGCCACUUGCAUGUCCUCUAACACCUCCCCUUUCCUGGGAGACCAUUGUUUAACAAGGUUACCUGAUUAGAUCAAUGGGUCUGUAACUCAGGGCUGAAGGUUAUCAAAGGCCAAAUAUUUGGAAAAUUAGCAGCUGAAACCAGAUUGAUCUGAACAUUUUUUGCGACUAGGCUUCAUACAAUUACAGCACUUUGUAUGAUCUGCAGUGAACACAAAUGCUUUGAAGCUACUCUAAAUGGAUGGAAUUAUUAGACUUUGUACGAGUUGAAUCAUUUGCUCUCCCUUCCCUUGCUUUAUAUUCCCAACAAGACAAUGGACUAGUGGACCAAUAUCAAAUCAGCAUAGCGUUCAGUGUGCAAUGCAGUGAGUGUGUGAGAUUCAGGAUGAAAUACUGCAAAUAACCCUGCCCUUGCUGAGUAAUUCAUAUUCAAAGCAAGCAAAGAACUAUGAUGCUGCUUCAUCAAUUAAUUUCUAAUAUGACCUCGUUGUGACUCACCAAUACUUUCUCAAAGGACAGUUCAGGUUGGACAGCAAGAAACAGAAAUGCAGAAAAUAGGAGCAGGAGUUGAACAUUUAGCUCUUCAAUAUGAUCAUGGCUGAGUACUCAAUUCAGUAUCCUGCUUCCACUUUCUCCCAUACUCUUUGAUCCCUUUCGCCCUGAUAACGCUGUCAAAUUUCUUCUUGAAAAUAUUCAGUGUUUUGACCGGAACUGCUUUCUGUGACAGAGAAUUCCACAGGAUCACCACUGUCUGAGUGUAAAUAUUUUGUCUCAUCUCAAAAUCUGUAUGGCUUGCCGUAGAUGCUACCAGGCCUGUUGAUUUUCUCCAGCACUUUCUAUUUUAAUUCCGUACUUCCGCAAUGUUUAAGGGACAGUGCACUGUUUGUACACUGAAGUGUUCUGUUCCUUUCACCCACCAGCCAAUCCCAUUGAAGCAAAGGAACUAAAGGGAUCUUAAACAUGUUGUGCUGUUUAGAAUGUCCAACCCUAUAUUGUUAAACUGUGACCCUGGUACUGGACUCUAGUUAAAGAAUGAAGAACAAUACAGCACAGGAACAGGCCCUUCAGCCCUCCAAGCCUGCGCUGAUGUAUUUUGCCCUUCCACAUAAAACUGUCUUAAGUUACAGGAUCCACAUCCCUCUGGACCCUUCCUAUUCAUGUAUUCAUCUCAGUACUUCUUGAAUGCUGCUAUUAUAUCUGCUUCCAUCAGCUGCUCUGGCAGCAUGUUCUGGGCACUCUUCACUCUUUGUGUAAAAUAACUUGCCUCACACAAAUCUUUUAAACCUUCCCCCUUGCACCUUGAACCUGUUCCCCCUAGUAAUUGACCCCUCCACCUUGGGAAAAAGCCUCAUGUU